AUGGGCCUGAGCGUGGAGCUCAGCCAGCAGACGGGCAGCUACCCCCGGCUGUCCCGGGAGCAGGCCUUCCUGUAUAAAGCUGUCGGGGUGUCCCUGGCAGCGUGUCAGCAUGUCCCCUACGUCCGCCGGGAAAUGAAGAAGCAUCUCUCAAGGACAAAUUACUUGGAAGCGUCUGAGAGAGAGGCGAUGAUUUCUGUUUUGGCCGGCUCUGCCGAGAGCCACUUCCACCUUGCCUUGGAGGUGGUGCAGGAGUUUGGGGCGUCCAUGGAGGAAAGACCAGUGUCUGGGGCUUUCAAACGCCUGAAGGAAUACCACCAGGGGAAGAGAGCGGGGAGGCACAUGGCCCUCGUGCUGGCCUACGGCCAGAUCGCGCUCUGCACCCCCCCGGAGCAGCUCCUGGCCCGCGUGGAGAGCGACGUCGUGGGGCGCAUCCUGCAGCACUACCGCGCCAGCUGCCAGGUGCUGGGCUUCUCCUUCUCCACCAAGGUAAGUCCUGCCCCCCGGGGCCUUGCUCGCUGCCCUUCCCACACCCCUUUCCCCACGCAGGCGUGCCGGACUCGCCCUCCCGCUCCCCAGGCCAGGGCCGGGGGUCUCCUUGCGGUGGGUAGCCAGGAAAGCUCAUGCCUUCGCGGGGGGAGCUUCUUCCCGGGAGGGGAGAGGAGGUUUCCUUCCUGCGACCCGUGUGCCGAGCCGAGGCUCUGGGCAGACGCAGUCGCCCUUGUGCGCUGUGCUCUGGGGCUGGACUGCCCGCCAUGUUCCUCGUUGAGCCCUUGGCGCUGUGAGGAGUUCCUCACCGGUGCCGCCGUGUUUCCCUGUGCCGGGACGCAGGACAUGCAGCUCAAGCUGGCGCUGAUCCGGAGCGUCACCGAGGUCAGCUGGGCCGUGCAGGUGGCGGGGGGCUCCCGCGGCGUGGAGCUCUGCCGCAAACGGGAGCUGCUGGACACCUUGCUGGGCUUCGUGCAGGGGGAGCCCCGGGAUCGCCUGGCGUCCCCCGUGCGCCGGGAGGCGUUUGUGGCCGUGGGGCACUUGAGCAAACUGAAGCCAUCGCUGAGCCGGGAGGAAAACCGCGACCUCCUGGAUCAGUGUGUGCGGAGCGUGAUGCCCCUGCCUGCCCUGGAGCCGGCGGAAGAGGAGGGGGCAACAGCGGCAGACGCUCUGCACGUGCAGGGUCUGCACGCGCGGACCAUGGGGGCUCUCGGUGAGCUGGUGACGGCCCUGCUGGAGGAAGACCUCAGCUCGGACUGGCUGUCGGAGAUGCUGCACGUGCUGGAGUACUGGCUCACCUCGGCCAAGGAGUGGGAGCGGGAGAGGGCCCUGCAGGCCUGCGCCCAGCUGCUGGGUGCUUUCGAGGAGCGAUUCGAGCUCACGGGAGAAACCUCUUUCGGGCCCUUUGGCUCCAUGGUGGGACUGCUGGCGCCUUUCACCUGCGACUCGCUGGCCACGUCCCGCCAGCGGGCAGGGGCCUGCCUCGGCCACCUCCUCCGCAUACAAGGCAAGACGCUGGAGACGGGGGCCGAGGAGGACGAGGUGCAGCCUUUGUGCCAGCGCCUGAGCGCCCCAGAUGCCGAGGCUCUGCUCCAGGCUUCCUCCAGACUCAGAAAGAUCGUCUGCAAACACAUCCCGCCAGCGCAGGCCACGGACUUCCUCUCUGCCGCCCUGGACGGGAUGCUGUCGGCCAGGUCCGCGUGUGCUCAGGCAGUGGGCGAGUGGCUGCUCACCUUCCUGGAGACGUGCGGGGGACAGCUAUUCACGGAGGUGCCAGAAAUCCUGAGCAUCAUCUACAUCCGGAUGCCGACCAUGCAGCAGGACACCCUCCGGCACUUCCUCUUGGAGGCGGUGUCCCUGCUCGCCCUCUACCACCCCGGGGCCGUCAUCGACAGCCUGCUGCAGAAGCAGCUGCCCAUGGACAGUGACACCGAGGAGCUGUGGAGGGUCCUGGGGGGGGAAAUUCUUUGUGGACCACUUCCUGCGGGUUUUGAUGGAAAAACUGAAGAACUCGGGAAGCAACCAGCCCAGGACCAGCUCUGCCAAGCCUGAGGCAGACGAGGAGGAGGCUGCGCUGGAGCCUCUCAAGAUGACCCGGGCCAUCUCUGUGGUGGUGUCAGCGCUGCGGAGCCCGGAGGCUGUGCAGCGCCUGCUCCCAGAGCUGCUGCCGGUGCUGCUGAAGCAGAUCAGCGCCACAGUGGGCAAGGAGAUGCCAUCUUCCCCACUCAGCACCCGGGGAAAGCUGUUCCUGAAGGGCCACGUGAGCGAUGACAAUCCUUGCAGGCUUUCCCUGGAGACCCUGGAGGUGGUGCUGCGCACGUGCCUCGAUGGGAAAUGGCUGUGG